AGCUUCUGCCUCAUCCCUUAUCUGCUCGACGCGAUUCCAUAGCCGGCGACUAGUCCGCGACAAUCCUCCUCACCUCCCUGUAGAUGGGCUCCCCGGCAGCGUUUCAUCUGGCUCAGCACUAGACUCCCUCGGACCCCCGAACUACAGGCGCCUUCAAAGCAACACUACGCCCCAUAUUCCUACGAGACCCCGCAAUCCUUCUCCGCCAUGAACACGUCUCCGAAUGGCUUCUAUGGCACCGGCCAGCCCAUGAUGAACCCACCUCCGCCACGCAUCUUCGGCAGCGGCGGCUUCGACCCCUCGCAAAUGCCCGCGGGCUCCAUGUUCGCCCAGGAUGAUAUGGACGACAACGCUGAUGGCGGAGACGCAAAGAGACGGCGCAUUGCUCGCGCGUGCGACAUGUGCCGGAAGAAGAAGAUCAAAUGCGACGGCAAGAUGCCCUCGUGUACCCACUGCCAGAACUACAAGACCGAAUGCAUCUUCACCCAGGUGGAGAAGAAGAGGCAGCCGCCUAAAGGUGCAAAGUAUAUCGAAGGCCUCGAAAACCGACUUGCGCGCAUGGAGUCGUUGAUGCGCUUGUCUGGUGUCCUCCCCGACGACGAUGACGGCAGCACAGACUUAGCAACGUUGGAAAAGCGACUGGCAGACAGAGCAGGGCGGUCUCCAACACCCCGAACCAGCAUGGAUGAGAGGAGACCAUCUGCAAUGCCUCAAGCAGCUCAUUCCACGACACAAGGGACUCCAGCCCAACCAGCUCUGCCAAGCCCAAGAAGUGGCACCGCCUCACCAGCUCCAAAGGAGUCCACCGAGGGAGAGGAUGCGCUUGCGGAGAUGAUGUGCUCACUCGUUACCAACAACUGUGGCGAGACGCGAUACAUUGGCUCUUCGUCUGGCUUCUCCAUCUUCUCACCCAAAGGCAUACAAUGGGUGAAUGAAAAAACGGGCGACAAUUCUUUCCGCGACAUGAUCUCUACUGCUGCCGUCGAAGACAACAAGUGGAUACAGUGGAGACCAGACGUGUUCCAGGACAUUUUCAAGCGCCGAGUAUACAAACAGCUGCCACCCAAACACGAGGCUCUGUCGCUCCUGAAGGAUUACUUCGAAAAUUUCAACUGCAUGUUUCCAUUAUUCCACGAACCGACUUUUAUGCACCUGGUGGACAAGCACUACUCGAAAGAUCCGUACGAAGGAUCUGGCUGGUGGGCUAGCUUGAACGUUGCCCUGGCUUUUGCCCACCGUCUGCGAGUCAUGAGCAACCUCGUGCCAGCAGAAGAGGACGAGAAGGCAUGGCAAUACCUGAAAAAUGCCAUGAGCGUCAUGGUCGAGCUCACCAUGCGCAACACUGAUCUGCUCAGCGUGCAGGCUCUGUUAGGAAUCGGGCUGUUCCUGCUUGGGACACCGAACCCCCAGCCUACUUACUUUUUCGUUGCUACCGCCAUGAGGCUUGCCCACAGCAUUGGUCUGCACAAGAAGGGCGCUAACUUUAGUCUCAACACUGCGGAAGUGGAGCAGCGAAGGCGCGUCUUUUGGAUUGCAUACAUGCUAGAUAAAGACAUCUGUUUGCGUUCUGGUCGACCCCCUGUACAGGAUGACGAUGACAUGAACGUGGAACUACCGAGCGAUACUCCACCCGAUAACAUUGGCAACAUCCCGCUUGCCGACGGCAAAGGGACCAUGAACCUAUUCCGGCUGAUGUGCACCUUCUCAGUCAUUCAGAGUAAAGUGUAUAAAGGACUGUACUCGGUGAAGGCUUCAAAGCAGACCGAUGGGGAGCUUCUCAAUACCAUUGGUGAACUGGACAGGGAGCUAGAAAAUUGGAAAGACGACAUUCCGCUAGAGUUCCGCCCAGAGCACGAUAUCAAAGCCUCCCAUACCCCGCUUAUCCUCCAAGUCGCAGUCCUGCAUCUUGGCUAUUAUAAUUGUUUGACGACGAUUCAUCGUAUGAGCGUACAUCACGGAUACUGGACGAGUCGGCUGUCAAACUUCGCCAUACAAGGCUUGAAUGCACGACCUCUCAACCCAAGAGUAUUCAUGUCUGCGCAGCUAUGCGUGCAGGCCGCCCGAGCAUCUAUUCAUCUCUUGAAGUACAUACCAAAGGGUGACUUGUCGUGCGUCUGGUUGGUCAUCUACUUCCCAGUGACGGCACUGGUUACACUUUUCGCCAAUAUCCUACAAAACCCACAGGACACCAGAUCUCGCUCAGAUCUGAAGUUGAUGAAGCUGGUCGUCAACUUCCUCAACAUGCUCAACGAUGAUCAGGGAAGCGGCAGUGUCAAGCGCAUGUGCACUGUCUGCGCAGAGUUUGAGCGUAUCGCGACUAUUGUCCUCGAAAGAGCAGACCGUGAGCAUGCUUCGCGGCGCAAGAGGAAGCAAGGGGACAGCGAACAGGAUGCGCAAAUCGAAGCCACUGCGGCCGAACUGCUAUCAACGGGCCGGAAUUCACACUCGUCACCACAGCAAGUCACAACACCUCAAACUAAUAAUACCGCAUCGGAAGGCAUGAUCUUCAACCCAGACUUCCACGGCUUCAACGAGCCCUUCCCCUUUUCUCCCAAUUUUACGCACGCCUCACUCCAAGCGAACUCGCAGGUGGGCCAAUUUGGUUCACCUUCCUUGACCGCACAAAUGCUUCAACAACAACAAAGCCUACCCCUCACCACCGGUGCGGACGUCAACGGAAUUAGUUCUAACAUUAACGCAAUGGCCAUGGGCCAGUUUGACCAAACGUUCAACAAUGUUCCUCAAGACCUCUGGAAGAUGCCAAUGACGCUCGAGUGGGAUUGGGCAGAUAUGACCGGCUACUCUGGGUAUGAAGAUGGCAUCAGCAUGAACGGCGUCUUACCGGACUAUUCGAACACGGGCCAUGGCACGAGCGAAUUCAAUCAGAGCGCAAUGAAUGGUGGGCGGUAGUUUUUGAGUGUCUCGCGGCUGUUAAAAGGAGGAUUCUUGAUUUCAUGGUGUUCACGGCGUUCAUUACGACUAGAUGGCAUGCUUUGAAUAGCUAUUGGCCAGGCAGCGAAGUGACAGCUCGACUCGAUCGGAAUCUGGAAUAUAUAUCAUCACCCCGGUUAGGUGGAAUUCGAGCGACGAUAAUGGAUGAACUAAACUGUACGUUAUGUACCCUUACGAGUUUACGGUUGGCUUUU